AUGAUCUCUUCACCAAUUCAAACCCCAAAAUAUCUAAAAAUGUUUGUUGGACUUAUUCUUUUGGUUAAUUAUCUUCUAUCAAUUUGCUUUAUUCAAAUCGCUGCUUCCAACAACAACGAAUUGGGCAAAGAGGAAGACAAUGGUUUAGGCUUGAAUGUGUUCAAAGAAAGGGUGAAGAGAGGGGAAGAAACACAAUGGCCUCUUUCUCCAAAAAUUACUAUUGGAAUAUUGGUUGUCUUGGUGGCUCUGUUAGUGGUUUGCUCUAUAUUAUCUUGUUACUACUAUAACCGUUAUAACAAACAAAAAAUUGAGCUAGACAUGAUGAAAUACGAUCUGAACUAUUACAAGUGUAUUAAUCGUAGACUGGAAGCCAAGAUCUCUAAGAUGAUAAACGAGGAAAAGGCUGAGAAAAUGGCCGAGAGCGAAAAGAAGGAAAGGAUGAAAAGAAAAGCUAAAGGAGAAGAAGAUGAAGUGUAUAAAAUUAAAGAAGAUAAGGAUAAAGAAGUUAAGGAUACUAGUAGGAUGGCUUUCAUAUAAACAAAAUAAAUUGUGUAUAUAGGUGUAAUAAAAGGAAGUUGAUUGAAUGCUGGUUAUUUUGUAAAGUCGAAGACUCACUUAUAGAUAAUCCUGAAAAAACGGUCCUUAUAAUGUUGUGUAUAUUAAACCGGGGUGUUUAUGUAGAGGGGUUCUACUAGGGGUUGUAUCUUAUAGCGAGGGUUUUUUUAUAGUGAGGUGUACCCAGAGGUGGGUCG